AUGGCUGAUUUCUGCCUCACAGACUGGACGUCCAUUUUCAGCGGCGAUAUCGACAAGAUCUACAGCGAUGACAUCUGCAAAGCCGCUCUACGUGGCGAGAAACUGCCAGCCAACGACCCCAGCCUCAUGGCCCAUGUAACCGGGCUCUGCGUGCUGCGCGGCAUCCGGCAUCACGACGGCUUCGCAGUUGAGUUGCUGCCUGGGUCAGCCGAGCAGGACCCUGUGUUCGCCCGGGCACUGCACGCCCGCGCCAUCAUGAGCAAUAAGAUACCGGACAUUUCAGCGGCCGAGGAGUUCCCUUACUGCAUCUGGUACCCGGAUGUCGCAUCCGAGGGCACGUACCGGCAGCUGGCAAGGCGCUACCCACAUAUGCGCUACCAGGUCGGCCGUGCCUGCGCCGUUGCUGGCUACAACGAUCUCUACUCAGAGCUCGAUCUCCUCCCUGACGUUGCUAUCGCCGAGGAGGCUCAAGAUAGCGUCAUGCGAAGCCGACGGCACGGAGGCGGCGAGGGCCGCUGCAGCAAUGCAAGCCAAGACAUUUUCGACCAGAUCGUCCGCCACCCUGUGCGUUGGCAGGUGAUGAACGACUGCCUGAGGAGUGUGGACCUGGACUGUCCCAAGGCUGCAAGCUGUGGUCUCAACGGAGAUACAGCAGUCGUUUCCACUUUGGAGCUGAAGCGCGGCUUCCGGUCCCUGCGCCCACUGUCAAGGUUUGACAGCGACAAGACGCAACUCGACCCUAAUUAUUAUAUAGUCGAUGAGGAGCUUGCUCCAUGCUAUUUCAACAUUACCGAAGAUUGGAAUGUCGAUGAGCACACAUCUACAUUUUACAACACAAAGGGCUCUGACUGGCUGACGACCGAGGAGAUGGCAGCGCUCCUGUGGAACCCCUUACCCAGAGACCUCCCCAGCGGCAACAAAGACCUGCUGAUCCUCAUGGCCGCGUACCACGGCAACGUCGACAGGUACGCGCGGCUGCGGCGGCCGGCGCACUUCCUGACGGCCGAGGCCUACUGCGUCGUCCGCGGCAUCUACAACAACACCAUGUUCGCCAAGUGGUGCUCCCUCCAGCCCGAUGUUGGCGGCCGGUACGCCAGCGCCAUCACCGCCCGCUUCAUCAUGACCAACGACCUGUCGCGCAUCACGGACGACACCCCCGACGCCGACCUCCCGCGGCAGAUAUGGUUCCCCCUGCGGGCCCGCGCCGAGACGUACGUGGAGCUGGCGCGGCGCAGGCCGGCAGCGACGGCCGCCGUCGCCCGCGCGCUCAUCGUGGCGGACUACCAGGAGGCCUGGGACGGGCUCGCCGGCACCAUCGAGCCCUACCGCGAGCUGAUGGUGGAGGCGGAAGCCAGCGCUAACCCGCAUUAUCUGGCUUCCCUGAAGAGAAUGUGUGCGGGGCGUGGACUGGACCCUGACGCCCUGGAGGAAAAGUACCCGGAGGAUCUGGGCGUGCCUGUCGGCAGGCUUGUCGAGCGCACAACCAGUCGCCUGGUCGGGUCACCUCGCAUUUAUUCCGUUCCGUGGGAUGGUGGCGGCCCCGCGAUCUAUGACGGGGUCGGGGUGGAUGUUGCAGAGGUCGAGCUCUUUGCGGUCUCACCAAGGGAGCUUCGACCUUCCGAGAAUCCCGACUCGGUUGACCUGGGCGAGCUCUAUCAAUGGGGAGACCACGAACAGCCACCCGGAAGUGACUUCUUUGGAGCCUCUCGCGGACGGGGACGAGGUUCACGCCGCGGAGGAAGGGGAAGGGGCAGGGGCUCGGCGUAG